AGUAGUUUAUCAAUUGCAAUGAGGUGCUUGCUUAUUCUGUGCUGCUGCUUCCUGGUCGCGUCUGCAGUGAAUCUGCCAGGAGUGCCAGUUGACUUUGACUUGGAUGACAAGGUGCUGUCAGCGAUUGCCGACGAUGUGGCUGGACGGCUGGAGGAGGAGUACAUGACAUUCCUGAAGACAGGAGUCGAAACUCCGGCGUUUAAGAAACUGACGACUCAGCUGGCAAAGGCUCACACCAAAAAGGAUAUAUUCACCAAAAAUCUUGUCGAUCUGGAACCGCGUGAUUCGUUUGUGGUAUGCACAAUGUGCAGAUCCGUCAUUAACAUUAUGAUGCGAACUGUUCGCGAGGAGGAUGGUGAGCUGAAUGGCGAAGACAGUGGGAAGAUCAUGAAGGCAAUUGCAAUGGAUGUGUGCCGUCGCCUAAACCUGCAGACGGAGGAGGUGUGCGAGGGUUUGAUUGACUCCGAACUGCCAACAGUGGAUUACAUAAUGCGCAACUCGGAAAUGGACUCCGACAGUUUCUGCUCCCUUUUCAUGGGCUUCACUUUCUGUGACAAGGGCAAGAGUCCAGCCUACAACUGGACCUUGACUGUUGACAACAAAACUGAAGCCAUGACCAGCUCCAAGUCGGAUACACCACGUCACAGUGUCAACGAUUUAAAGAUCUGUCAAUUCACGGACAUCCAUCACGAUCCUCUCUACGAACCCGGAAGUCUCGCUGCCUGCGACGAGCCAAUGUGUUGCCAGCGUAAAAAGAACGAGGUAGAGGGCACAAGUGAUGCAGCUGGUUUCUGGGGAGACUACCGUGACUGCGAUCUACCCUGGAGAUCCUUUGAGUCCGCUCUGGAACAUGCCGCCAAAACGGAAGAGUGCACGUAUAUCUAUCAAACCGGCGAUAUAAUUGAUCAUAUGGUUUGGGCAACUUCUGUGAAAAAGAAUAGUGAUGUACUGUCCAAGGUUAGCAGUCAGUUCUCGAAAGUAUUCCCCAAAGUGAAUGUCUAUCCCUGCAUAGGCAAUCAUGAACCACAUCCGCUCAACAAUUUCAGUCCCGAAGAUGUGCCGAAUGAGGUAAAUACCAAGUGGCUAUACGAGCACUUGUACAACGACUGGAAGAACUGGCUGCCAGCAGAGACUAAGGAGACCAUUCUCAAGGGUGGCUACUACACGGUUUCGCCAAGGAAAGGUUUCCGCAUCAUUGCAUUGAAUAGCAAUGACUGCUAUACGGAUAACUUUUGGUUGUACCACAGUGGCUCGAACAAGAUCCCUCAGUUGCAGUGGUUCCACGACACUUUGCUGGCCGCCGAGGCUGCCGGUGAAAAGGUGCAUAUCCUGACCCACAUUCCAUCCGGAGAUGGCACCUGCUGGGUCGUCUGGGCUAGAGAAUAUAAUCGCUGCAUUACCCGCUUCCAUAAAACUAUUAGUGGUAUUUUCAAUGGACAUUCGCACAAGGAUGAGCUGGCGGUGCACUAUUCGGAUGAGGGCCAUGCCACGGCUGUUGCCUGGAACGGUGGUGCCUUGACCACAUACAGCUACAAGAAUCCCAACUACAGGGUAUAUGAUGUGGAUUCCGAAACAUUCGAUGUGACCAACCAUCGUACCUACAUCUAUGAUUUGAAUGAGGCUAACAAGCAUCCCGAGCAGCAGCCCAACUGGUUCCUCGAGUACGAAUUCAUCAAGGAGUUCACUGAGGACACAAGUCCUGCGGGCAUUAACAAAUUGCUGGAUGAGUUUGCGGACAAACCAGCUCUGAUGCGCAAGUUCUGGCGAUACAAGGUCACCUCGGCUGAACCACAAGUGUCGGCAGGCUGUGAUCGCUAUUGCCUGGCCGGUUCCCUCUGCCGUGCCGCUGUCACGGUGAACGACCAGACAGCACGUUGCGAGGAGCUCAGGGAGCGUCUUUUCAAGGCUUUGGACGAAGAAAAGCCCGAAGAUGAGGGCGAUGGAGCUGCAGCUCUUAGUGUCCUGAGUUUAACCUCGCUCCUUGCUCUCGUCCUCUCCAUGAGAGUUGGUUUCUAGAGACUUUUAUCUGUAUAUACUAAUUUUAAGUCAAAUAAUCGCAAAUUCCAUUUCAUUUUCAACAACCUUUUUACGAUUAGGUUCAAGUAUUCAAAAUACAUUUAUCUGUAAGUACAUACAAUCGA